AUGUCUUCGGGAAACAGGUUCUACGCGCUGUCGCUCGAGAAGCAGGCCGAGAUUUGUGAAAGGUUCGAGGAAGGGGAGGUUUUCGAGGGCGCGCUCGAGUGGCUCAACGCUGUCCGCGACUUGCUCAAGCUCUACGAGUACAACUCGUCCUGCAACUUGCAGGUCAAGACGACGAUGUAUGCCCAGGUCAAGAAGCUCAUCCCCGACUCGCUCAAGCUCCUCAUGAGCGACAAGCGCGGUAACAACUUCACCGGCGAGUCGCUCUCGACGGCAUUGGCGCACGUCAAGUGGCUGCUCAAGUACGGCAUUGAGGAGAAGGAGUGGUUCGGCGCGGGCAUCAAGUACACGGACGUCUUCCAGAACCUCGUCGUCUGCUCGAGGUCGAAGCAACAAACAAUCUUCGUUGCUCACCUCAAGCUCAAGUCGGAGGAAGUCGUCUUUGAGCCGAUUCCGUUCGCCGCAGACGAGGCCAAGACUCUUGUACUCUACACCGCGCAGGCCAGCCUGAACAAGAAGAGUUGCGAGCCCACUCUCAAGACUGCGACUGUUUCGUUGCUCGAGCGCAAGAGGAACAUCGAGGCCCUCGUCCACGCGGCCGGGGGAGGCUCAAAGCAGAAGCUCAAGAUCGUCCUCAUCUCGUCUGCGACGAAGCCUGACCUCAUUGACUUUGACCUCGAAGACUUCGACAACAAGGCUCGCGACAUCAUCAAUGUCCCGGUCGUCGAGCGUUACAUCAAGGUGCUCGGCAGGGAGAAGGAGUUCGAGGACUACACCGGCGAGCGUGGACUCGUCAACACUCUCAAGAAGUUCUACCGCUCCCUCAAGAUGUACCGGCCGUACACGCCCGCCGAAGACAGCGACGACGAUGUGCUGGUCGCACAGAAGAAACCGACCCUUCAGCUCGUCUACCCCUCGGUCUUUGCCAACGCCCUCUCCCUCGCUCACCUCGGCAAGCUGCUCAACCUCGUUCGCGAGAGUGUCGGCUACACGGGCGACGACGACGAAGAAGGCGGAUUUCUCCUCGUUGGCUUCGCGGCAAAGGAACCCAAGGAGCCUGAGCUCUUGCUCAACACCUCGGCGCUCGACCAGUUCGGCGUCGUCGACUUCGGCGAGUUGAUCAAGAUCUUCGAGAUUGCGGAGGAGGAGGAGGAGAUUGUCCUCGGAAAGGAGCAGCUCGUCAAGGGCGGCAUCGACGCCUCGCGCGCCGAGUGGCUUUCGCUGCUCAUCAAGGCUGUCGGCGAGCCGACGAAAGACAUCGUCCGCGGACACCACAUCGCUUUGACGAAGGGCGGCAAGCUCGCCGGCAAGAUUCUGCGCGCCUAG